UGUCAAAAAAAAAAGUAAAGCUUUCCAAAGGUAACGCGGUAUUUUUGUUACAAAAAUAGCCGAUUUUUGUGAAAAUUUGUACAUUUGCAAGUUAUUUUAUAGCCGCUAGUCGUUAUUGCAUUUAAUUCGGUAAUACCAUUACCAAGUACCGUUACAAAUCGCGCAGUGAGUGGUGAAGCGUAAUUUGUAGAACCCUCAACUCCUUAGGAGUCUUUCUUUACUGUUAAGCAUGAUUCUUGGGCCCUCCAAUUCCUAGUUAAGGGCUCCAUUACAUAUUUCCAGACAAAUUAGGAUCCACUAGGUAGUCAGCAACAAGUUUUAGUACACAAACCAACUUGGGAAAGAUGCCCUACAUGUCAGAUCCUACAAUAGUGCCUCGGGUACAAAAGUACUUGGAAUCGAACGUCCACAAAAACUAUGUGGACAUUCACCAAAUGGCCGAUGAGCUCCAAAAACAGUACCGUGACUAUGCCAAGAGAAAGAGAAGCGCCUUCAGGGCUUCAGUUAAAAAAGCAUAUUCCAUUGUUUUGCAAAAUUAUGGUCUGGAAGACAAAGAGUCCUCCGAUGAGGAGCUCGUUAGCGAUGAAAGUGAUGGAGAUAACGAUGAGGGAAAAAUUGACGAUAAUUCGAUGAACAACACAUUGAUGAACAUGUAUCAGCGGCAAGCAGCAAUUAAACCGAACAUAGAUGAUAACGAGCUGAUCGAUAUCAGCAGUGAAGAUUCAGAGGAGGAGGCCGCAUAUAAUAACUAUAAAAAAAGUAAUGGAGAACCGUCUACUUCGUAUGCUGGUGUUCAAACAUUUGCCAAUGAUAAAGCCAGCAUUUUACAGAGACAGCUUGCCGAUCCGCCGCCCGUAGAAAGACCGAAAAAGCGCAAACUGGAGGCGACGAUAUCGCCGAUCAAAAACAGCGGCGGAGGCAACAAAAAGAAGAAAACGUUGAAUAAUUCGUCGGUCGCGUCUCCGAUCACCUUCAAAGACGUCGGCGGCAUGGAUAAGACGUUGGAGGACGUGUGCAAACUGCUACUCCACAUAAAACACCCCGAAUUGUAUUUGAAAUUGGGAAUCUCGCCACCACGUGGGUUUUUGUUGCACGGUCCGCCCGGUUGUGGAAAGACCUUGUUGGCAAACGCCAUUGCUGGAGAAUUGGGCGUGCAGUUGAUAAAAGUGGCCGCUCCCGAAUUAGUGGCGGGCGUAAGCGGAGAAAGUGAGGAACGGAUAAGGGAACUGUUUGAGCGGGCAUGUAACGCCGCCCCCUGCAUCUUAUUUAUCGACGAGAUCGACGCCAUCACCCCGAAUAGACAAAACGCGCAGAAAGAGAUGGAGAGACGAAUCGUCGCUCAGAUUCUGAGCUGUUUGGACGAUUUAUGCGACUCAGAAAACGGGGAUAAAGUGCUGGUAAUUGGUGCGACCAACAGGCCGGACUCGAUCGAUCCGGCUUUGAGGCGUGCCGGAAGGUUCGACAGGGAAAUUUGUCUGGGAAUCCCCGAUCUGAAAGCUAGAGAGGCCAUUUUACGGGUUUUGACUGCAAACUUAACGCUCGCCCCAAACUUCGAUUACGAGGCGAUCGCGAAAAACAGUCCCGGAUAUGUGGGGGCCGAUUUGUUAUCUUUAACGCGAGAAGCGGCCAUGGCGGCCGUAAGCAGGGCUUAUAAUAAAAUCAAAGAGGAGCGCAGAAUCGAGCAGGUUUUGGCGGCGGAACGGGUGGCAGAAGAACAGAAGAAACGGGAGGAGGUGGCGAAGAAGAGGGCGGAAGAGGCGGCCAAGAAGCAACGAGAGGCGGAAGAGGUCGCGGUCGCCUCAAUUUCGAAAAAAGAAGAAGAAGAAAUAGUCGUCGACGAUGACGUAAACAAACCGGAAACGAAAGACCCGCAAGGGGGAGACGCCGUCGUCGUGUUGGACGAUACGGAAGAACCGCAAGAAAACUUGAGCGACGGAAAAUCCGAUGAAAAAGCGGGUAAAGAGCCAAGUGAGACCGCCAACGGAGUUGCGACCGCCGUGGAGCCGGAUAUUAUUGUCGAAGAAGAAUCCUUACCGGUUCAAGAACCGAUGCCCGUAGAUGACGUAAAAACAUUAACGGACUUGGAGGAACUUCAGUUAUGGCUCCACGACCGUUCGCCAAUAAAUGACGAGCAACUAAAGUCACUGUGCAUCACUAUGGAAGACUUCGCUUUGGCGUUAAAAAAAGUGCAACCGUCGGCGAAACGCGAGGGAUUCGCCACGGUGCCGGAUACCACGUGGGACGACGUCGGAUCACUACGGGACAUCCGAGAAGAAUUACAAAUGGCCAUUUUGGCGCCAGUGAGACAUUCCGAACAAUUCGAGGCUCUGGGUCUUCACGUUCCGACUGGCGUGCUACUGUGCGGUCCACCGGGAUGCGGUAAAACGCUUUUAGCUAAGGCGAUCGCCAACGAAGCCGGAAUUAAUUUUAUUUCCGUUAAGGGACCGGAAUUAAUAAAUAUGUACGUCGGUGAAAGCGAGAGGGCGGUACGCGUUUGUUUCGAGAGGGCCCGAAAUUCCGCACCCUGCGUCAUUUUCUUCGACGAGUUGGACGCGUUGUGUCCGCAACGGUCGGAUUCCAGAGACGGUGGCGGGACGAUGCGUCUAGUAAACCAAAUGCUCACGGAAAUGGACGGGAUCGAAGGUAGAAAAGGGGUGUUCUUAUUAGCGGCGAGUAACAGGCCGGACAUCAUCGAUCCCGCCGUUUUAAGACCAGGUCGUCUCGAUAAGAUCUUAUACGUGGGUCUUCCAUCGCGAGAGGAUCGCGUCGAUAUCCUGAGGGCCAUCACUAAGAACGGAACGCAACCGAAAUUAGACGAAGACGUGGACCUGGUCAGUCUGGGCACAUCAGAACAAACCAACGGAUACACCGGGGCCGAUUUAGCCGCUCUGGUACGAGAAGCAUCCGUGUUGGCAUUGAAAGAAUACAUGAUGGCGGGAGACUCUGGGAACGCUCUGAUGGUCUCUAGCAGGCAUUUCGUUAAGGCAGUGGAGAAAUUGAGACCGUCUGUCUCGGAAAAGGAUCAAAAGCAUUACGACAAAUUAAGGCGAUUGUACGCGGCGGUACCGGAACAAGAAGUGGAACAGAUGGAAUAUUCAUAAGUUUAUUUCAAUUUUUUGCAUCCGUAUACAGGGUCCUUGGUUCUCCAAAAAUAUAUUUUUUAUUAGUGUAAGCGAACACAUCCUGUAUAAUUCAGUUUUAAUUAAGUCAUUUUAUUGAAAAUUCAUUGAUGGUUUAUAUUCGUUUUUAAUCUUAGCUGUUUAGUUUUAAAUUUCAAUGCACUAAAAUCCUCGAUUUUGAAUUUUUAACGUUUUAGUAAGUAGAAUUUGUUUGAAUUGUAUUUCUAGUACAGUAUGUGAAGUAUUAAGAGCAACUAUAUGAUUAAAACACGUUUUGAAA